CUUCUCCCAGUUCCCAGUGCUUGACCGCAGGACCCCCGACCUCGCCCCCACGGGGCCCCACCCCAGAACCCCCGCCUUCCGCCCUCUACACAGCGCGCACAAUAAUUUAAUGCUUAGCGCUUGAGGGGAGGAGGCGGCGGGUGCAGCGGUCGCUGCUCUCGCCUGGCUGGGGACGCUUUCAGCCGACAUGGGCUGUUUCUGCGCCGUUCCGGAAGAAUUUUACUGCGAAGUUUUGCUCCUGGACGAGUCCAAGCUAACCCUCACCACCCAGCAGCAGGGCAUCAAGAAGUCGACAAAAGGUUCCGUUGUCCUUGACCAUGUUUUCCGUCACAUAAACCUCGUGGAGAUAGAUUAUUUUGGGCUGCGAUACUGUGACCGAAGCCAUCAGACCUACUGGCUGGAUCCCGCAAAAACCCUGGCGGAACACAAGGAGCUGAUCAACACUGGACCUCCAUAUACUUUGUAUUUUGGUAUUAAAUUCUAUGCUGAAGAUCCAUGUAAACUAAAAGAAGAGAUAACCAGAUAUCAGUUUUUCUUACAGGUGAAGCAAGAUGCCCUCCAGGGCCGGCUGCCCUGCCCUGUCAAUGUCGCUGCUCAGCUGGGAGCAUAUGCCAUCCAGGCUGAGCUUGGAGAUCACGACCCAUAUAAACAUACUGCGGGGUAUGUGUCUGAGUACCGGUUUGUUCCUGAUCAGAAGGAAGACCUGGAAGAGGCCAUAGAAAGGAUCCACAAGACUCUAAUGGGCCAGGCGCCUGGUGAAGCUGAGCUGAAUUACUUGAGGACUGCCAAAGCCCUGGAGAUGUACGGUGUUGACCUCCACCCUGUCUAUGGAGAAAACAAGUCCGAGUACUUCUUAGGAUUAACUCCAGUGGGCGUUGUUGUCUACAAGAACAAAAAGCAAGUGGGGAAAUAUUUCUGGCCUCGGAUUACAAAGGUGCACUUCAAGGAAACCCAGUUUGAACUGAGAGUCUUGGGGAAAGAUUGUAAUGAAACCUCAUUCUUUUUUGAAACUCGAAGCAAAACUGCUUGCAAGCACCUCUGGAAGUGCAGUGUCGAGCAUCAUACAUUUUUUAGAAUGCCAGAAACAGAGUCAAAUUCAUUGUCAAGAAAACUCAGCAAGUUUGGGUCCAUAAGUUACAAACAUCGGUACAGUGGCAGGACAGCUUUGCAAAUGAGCCGAGAUCUGUCUAUCCAACUUCCCCGGCCCAAUCAGAACGUGGUGAGGAGUCGAAGCAAGACUUACCCCAAGAGGGUGGCGCAAACGCAGCCAGCUGGAUCCAACAACAUAAAUCGGAUAACUGCCAACCUGGAGAAUGGGGAGAAUGAAGGAACAACUAAAAUCAUUGCACCUUCACCCGUGAAAAGUUUUAAGAAAGCAAAGAAUGAAAACAGCCCUGAUGCCCAAAGAAGCAAAUCUCAUGCACCGUGGGAAGAAAAUGGACCGCAGAGUGGACUCUACAACUCUUCCAGUGACCGCACUAAAUCACCAAAGUUUCCCUGUUCCCGGCAGCGAAACCUCUCCUGCGACAGCGACAACGACUCCUCGCAGCCCAUGAGGCGAAGGAAAGCUCAUAACAGCGGCGAGGACUCAGAUCUAAAGCAGAGGAGGAGGUCACGCUCACGCUGUAACACGAGCAGUGGUAGUGAGUCGGAAAACUCUAACAGAGAGCACCGGAAAAAGCGAAACAGAGUACGGCAGGAGAAUGACAUGGUUGACUCAGCGCCUCAGUGGGAAGCUGUCUUGAGGAGACAGAAGGAAAAAAACCAAGUGGACCCUAACAACAGGCGAUCCAGACACAGAUCUCGCUCAAGGAGUCCUGAUGUCCAAGCGAAAGAAGAGCUGUGGAAACACAUACAGAAGGAGCUCGUGGACCCAUCUGGCCUGUCAGAAGAGCAGCUGAAAGAGAUCCCUUACACUAAAGUAGAGACUCAGGGUGACCCGGUCCGUAUCAGGCACUCGCAUUCACCACGGAGCUACAGGCAGUACCGCAGAUCCCAGUGCUCAGAUGGAGAGCGAUCCGUUCUCUCAGAAGUGAACUCAAAAACAGAUCUUGUACCUCCACUUCCAGUCACCCGUUCCUCCGACGCUCAGGGGUCUGGUGGCUCUACAAUUCAUCAGAGAAGAAAUGGGUCUAAAGACAGCCUAAUUGAAGAAAAAUCUCAGCUACCUACAAUCAGUCUGACUGGAAAACAUACUGCAAAAACAAUAAAGACUAUCCAGGCUGCCCGCCUCAAGGCCGAGACUUGACCUGGUGAGGGUGGGAAUAUUAAUGGUGUGUGCCACUGGUACUUUUGAUACUGUGAAUGAGAUAAUUAUCCACAUUAUCUUGGACAUGUCUCGAGCACAUUUUUA